UGGUAUCCCCAGCGUAGUUCCGUAAAGGCAGUGUUUGUUGACAUUGAACCUAUAAAUAGGUCAUGAGAGACCGCCGUCAUGUGACAACUUUCUCUUUCAGCUGUACAGUCCAUUUACAUGUUACACGAUGGGAUGUUGCUUUUCUAGUGAGAAUGAAGAAACCAAUCCGAAGACCCCGUUGAUUAAGGAUAAUAAAGGGGGCGGAUCUCCGUAUACUAGUCCUUCAACGCAAACAGCGCCAUCUGCCAGGAAGUACAAAGCACAGGAUCCGCCCCCAGAGAAGGACUUUUUAACUUCCAUCGAUUUGUUGGCAACAGCUGAUAUGAAGAACAUUACGAUUCCUUCGCUAAAUAAGACUUUUCAGGAUCAGGGAAAAGUAUUUGAUGAAAUAUUCCAGCAGUUUCAGAAUAUGAGAGAAAGCUUAAACAACUUCAAAUCACAUUUUACUGUUGAAACAGAUGGCAUACCUGUACUUUCAAGGUGUAUGCAGAUACUAACUCAGAGGUGUGGGAAUUGUAAAUUAACGGUAGAAAGACGGAAAUACAGCGUUGUGAUUGUGUACGAGAACCAAGAUGUUAUGCGUAACAGCACAACGAAUCCCCAACAAGUCCUCGACUGCUUACAACUAUUUAACUCAUUCAACAAAAAUAUUCAGAAAAUUUUGGAAAGAGCACCAGAAGUAGAAAAUUCCGCCAAAAUUCUUCUGGAUGACGAAGAUAAUAUGCGAAAGGAAGUGACGAAAGCCGAUUUGGCGGGAACGGAGGGACCGGAAGCCAUGAAGAGGUGUAAUGAGAACAUUCAUAAACUGAGAAAGAUGAACAGUCAUCUGAAAACUAUUAAAAGUCACACAGAACGAACUAUGAAGGAGGUGAUAGAGGCCUCCAAAGCUUUGUUCAAUGAGACAAAUCCAUAGUGUAUACAUGUCAAGAUUGACGAAUUGUUAUCGUAUGUAUUUGAUUAU